GCAGGCGGGGGACAAAGGGGCCGAGCUGCAGGGGAAGGGCGAAGCGGGUCGGCACCGGGACCUGGUUCGUUUUCAGGGGCUUCUGAAAGCAAAGUGAAGCAAUCGCGCCGGGGGGAAGGAUUGGGUGGGGAGAGACAGGGAGAGGAAGAGAGACGAAACCGGUUUCCAGUUUUGCAAACAAAGAAGAGGAGGAAGGAGGCGUGUGGGAUUCCGGUUCUGAUUCGGUGCCGAGUUCUUGUGUGUGUGCUCGCGCGCAAGAGGAGGCUAGCUCCUGCUCCCAUUGCACGUGGUUCUGGGCAAGGAGCAGCAAUAUAUGUUAAAGAGAGACCACGCCGGUUCGGAUCUCACGUGGUCCUAGUCCUCUUGAGGCUCGGUGCUGGUGCCGGUUCGGGGCAGAGUCGGCGGAGGGGGGGGAAGAGAGCCAAGGGUGCUGCUGGGGAGACCGAUCCGGUUCUGGGGCUGGUUCGGUCCUCGGGAUCCAGCCGGUGCUCCCCCACGCACACGUGGUGCCGGAAAAGGAAGGACAAAAGGGAGACAGAAAGCGGAGUCAUCACUUUUCCCUGGUCUCGGGGACCCACUCUGGUUCCGAUUCGGUUCGGAUGGCGGCUCCUUGUAGCCCGGAGAGCGGCCCGCCGGCUGCUGGGGGAACGGGGCCCCGGGUCUAUUUCCAAAGCCCCCCAGCGGGGGAACCGGCCGCGGAGGAAGAGGAGGGCCCGGUCCGGCGCCAGGGGAGGGUGACGGUGAAAUAUGAUCGCAAAGAGCUUCGAAAGCGACUCCACUUGGAAGAAUGGAUCUUGGAACAGCUGACGGUCCUCUAUGAUUGCCAGGAAGAAGAGAUUCCAGAGCUAGAAAUCGAUGUUGAUGAACUUCUAGACAUGGAAAGUGACGAGUCUCGGAGCGCCAGAGUAAAGGAGCUCCUGGUUGACUGUUACAAGCCCACAGAGGUUUUUGUGGCCGACUUGCUAGACAAGAUCCGUGGAAUGCAGAAACUGAGCACUCCGCAGAAGAAAUGACUUGCGGCUGGCGACCAUCUCCCAUGGCUGCCCUCCUUCCUCUCUGGAGAGUUUUGUCAUUGAAACUAUGGCUACGCGGUGUUUGAGAGGGGAAGGGGCAGCUUUCACAGGUCCAGUUGGAGAAUCAGCUACUGCCCCCCCCCCCACAAGAGAGGGAAGGCUUUACCUUCUGGGGGGGAUGCUUUGAUAAUCAAAACCAUCUGGACACCUUUUUUUAGCAAUACCAACUUGUUCCUUCCCAUCCACCCCCCUCCUCCACCCGUGAAUUUCGGCGUAUGGCGGGGGAGAGGAACGCUUGUUCUCCAGGGGAGAGAAAGAAACACAGAGGGGGAGGGGAAAUGGUAGAAACUUGAUUUUUUUUUUUUAAGAAAGUUUGGGUUGGUGUUUUUUUUUAAUUAUUUGUGUUUUUAUAUAAAUUUAAUAAAGCUGCUUUGAGAACAA